AUGAGAGCAGCAUGGGCAGCAUUCGCAGCCGUCAGGGAAGCUACGGACCAACUGACAGACCAAGAUCUUCGUGCCCAUCUGUUCGACUCGACAGUCCUUCCAUCGCUCUGUUACGCAGCGGAGACGUGGGCAGACACCGCGGCCACGUCUAGGAAGUUACUUACUACCCACAGAGCCCUUGAGAGAUGUCUCCUGAAGUUUAACCGGCGCACACAACACCUUGCCGGUCUUCGUAGCUCCGACUUAAGAGGAAUGUCCCGUCUUCGCGACCCAGCAGAAUAUGUAUCGAAAGAAAAACAUAGAUGGGCCGGUCACAUCAUGAGAAGAAUCAACGAUAGAUGGACUAAAAGAACGCUAGAGUGGAUCCCAAGGGACGCUAAACGCCCCCGAGGGAGACCGCCAACGAGAUAG